AUGGAGAGGGCCAAUUUUAAUUUAAAGGCCAUGCAUGCUCUGUUCAAUACGGUGUCCAAAAAUCAAUUGAAGGUCAUUGUGAACUAUGAGAUGGCCAAAGAGGCUUGGGAAAAACUACGAAUUAAAAAUGAAGGAACAGAUCCAGUAAAGAAAUCUCGUCUUCGUGCUUUGGCAAAAGCGUUUGAAGAUUUAUCAAUGGAGGAAGAAGAAACGGUGGCUGAGUUCCAUGCUAAAUUGUGUGACAUAUCAAAUGAGUCUCAUGCUUUGGGAAAGACUUAUUCAAAUGUAAAGCUAGUUUGUAAAGUUCUUAGAGUCCUACCUAGGAGAUUUAUGUCUAAAGUAACCUCCAUUGAAGAAAUGAGAAACGUGGAGGAACUGGAUCUUGAUGAACUGAUUGGAUCCUUUAUUGCGUUCAUUCACAAAGAAGAAAAGAAGUCUAUCCCAGAUGUGUCUGCUAGUUUCUCAGAUGAAGUUGUAGAUCUGCUGACCAAGAACUAUACAAAAUUCUUGAAAAAGAAGUACAAGAAAUUUUUUCUGAGGGUCGAGUGUUCCAACACUCUCAAAAAGAAGAAAGCCCUUGUUGCCACCUGGAGCGAUAGUGACGAAGAAAAAGAUUUUGUUGCAAGCAAAAGUUCUGAUGAGGAUAAACAGGUAGUGGCUUUCAUGGAACAAAGUCAUCGUUCUUUUGAAUCUGAGGUUGAUGGGGUUUUUAGUGUUUUUGAAGCUGAUAGUAAUGGAAGACAAAAUGCAUAUGAAGAAAUGUUUCCUCAGUGGGAAUAUAUGACCAAGCGGAUUAGAGUUCUGAAUAGUGCCAAGGAGCAGAUAGAGUCUGAAAAUAUCAAGCUGGAGGACACUGUUAAGAAUCUGAACAAACUUCUUGAUGAGAACGACAAUGAGAUCUACAAGCUUUCAGCUGAACUCAUAAGAGCUAAACAGGCUUUAGAGUUUAUCCCUCCAGGAACGAUGCCAUCAUUCAAACUCUUCAACUUCGAAAACCUUAUGGAAGGACAGUGGUACUUGGAUAUUGGUUGCUCUCGACACAUGACUGGCAAAAAGAAAUUGUUAGUCAAUUACAAAGAAGAAAAGGAGGGAGUUGUCACUUUUGGUGAUGGAAACAAGGGCCAGAUUAUUGGGAAAGGAGACUUGGUGAUGAGUAGAGUUGCACCUCUUACUGAAGUACUGUAUGUGAAAGGGCUCAAGGCAAACCUGAUAAGCAUUAGUCAACUUUGUGAUGCAGAUUACACUAUUAGUUUUUCUAAAACUCAUUGUUUAGUUUCAUCUUAUGGGUGCUCAGUCUUAACAGGGAAGAGAUCUAGUGAUGGUAGUUAUUUGUUGGACAAUGUUGUCCUAUGUAAUAGUGCAACACUAGAUAAAUCAGAUAUUGGGGAUUUUACUACUACUCCAAAAGUUUUAACCAAAAGAAAUAAGAGUGUUAAAUCAUCACCUUGUCUUUCAAGAGUUCAUUCACUAUUAUUAGUGCUAUGGUAUGGUCUUCUAAACCUUAUAUUGUUGAAUCUUGGGUUUAAACAAAGAAAGGAUGAUGUUUUUGUCCUAGUGUUUGCUGGUUUUGAUCAUGUUGCACAUCGUACUCUCUUGUUUCAAAAGAAAUACGGAAGAAUUAAAGUGACAGGAAAAAGAUUAAGAAGCAAGGAAGAGUGGAACAUAAGCUGA